AUGAUGAUAGAAGCCACAGACAUCGAUUUUCAAAAAUCCCCAACCAACCAUCCUAACGCGCCUGAAAUUUCAUCUGAUAAAUCAAAGACCCGCUCGAUUAUUGAUAUCAUCGCUGAUGAUAUCGAUUCUGAGGUUGAGAACGAUGCUAAAGAACAGCAAGGUGAUCAUGAAGAAGAAAAGGAGACGUUUUCGGAUGAGUACGGAAAGUCAACAGGCGAAAAUGAAAAACAAGAAGAUGAAGAGCAACCUAAGAAGAGAAAGCGAAGUAUUAGAACUAUUAAGAAGGAAAAGGAAAGACUGUUGUAA